AUGCCCCAGCUAUGGAUCCUAACUUUGUUACUGUCAUUCAUUACCGCAGCUGUUGCCGCCACGCAACCGGGAUGGUAUACCUACCACGGCCUGACAUCACAAGAAUAUCAAUCCAAACAUGAUGAGCUUGUCGCUCAGUCUUUUCGUCCGACGUACAUCAGUGGGUAUACGGUCAGAAACAAGGAACUCUACACCUGUGUCUUUGAGAAGAUCGAGGGGCCACGCUGGAUCUCUAGCCACAACAUCACCGGCCCGGAAUAUGAUUCAGAAUUCGACAAGAAGGUGAACCAAGGAUAUCGUCUGGUGUUUGUUAAUGGAUAUGCCGGGCGGGACGGUUUGGAUAAAUACUCCUGGGUCUGGGAAAUGCGGAGCAGCCCCUCUUGGGUUUCGUAUGCCGGAAUCGGCAGAACCAGAUACGAAGCCGAGUAUUCAAAAAGGCUUGCAGACGGGUAUCGCUUGACUCACCUUAGCGGAUUCGAAGAUUAUCCGGGUGGGGAAGCUCGCUUUGCUGCUAUAUGGGAGAAAAGCCCCGGUCCCAAGUCGGUCUCAAAGGUGGAUAUGACCACAACCACCUUUGAACGAGAGAACGAACGGCUCAGCACAAGCGGCUAUUCUUUGGAUGUCAUUAGCGCUUACGAGAUCAAGGGAGCCCUUCAGUACGCUGCGAUCUGGCUUUUAAAGUCCGAAGUCGAUGGGCUACCUCAACUCUCCAAAUGGGGCCUCACAUCGGAGGAGUAUCACCAGCAAUACAGAAAUAAUAGGUUUCAGGGCUACCGAGCCAGAACUGUACUCGGCUAUCCGAUUAGCAGAGGCGAUGGAGCUCGGUAUGCAUACAUAUACGUCAACCAGGUCAUGAAAAGGAGAGAUCUGCUGGAGAUCGACAGGUUGAUCAAAGAUUUUACUACCAAGUACUCAGUACCGGGCAUUUCGUUAGCCAUCACUCGAAAUGAGAGCUUGGUUUUCGCAAAGGGUGCUGGUUUCUCAGAUAGGAAAAAGAAAACACUUGUCCAUCCCGACAACCUCUUCCGUGUCGCCAGCGUCUCCAAAACAAUGACAGCCAUCGCAAUCUUUACCCUCAUUGACAAGAAUAAGAUCAAACUUGACAGCAAAGUUUUUGGCGAGAACGCGAUAUUAGGAACCAGGUACGGUAGUAACAAGGCAUACUCUGAGGUUAUGCGGAAUAUUAGCGUUCAGCACCUCCUCGAACAUACGAGCGGGUACUCGUACAAUGUGACGAAUGGAGAAGAGACAGAUCCAACUUAUCAGCAGCUUGAUCUUGGCGUGGACCAACUCAUCAGCUCAAUUAUGGAUAACCGACGGCUCCUACGCAAUACACCUCCGGGCAGCAAAUUUUUCUACUCAAACUUUGGCUAUAUGCUCCUCGGUCGGAUAAUCGAGCAAGUUAGUGGGCAAAAGUACAGUGACUAUGUCCGUGAGAACGUAUUCAGGAGAGCAGGUGUUACAAAGAUGAAGCUCGCUGCCAGCGAAGAGGCAGACCGUGCGGAUGACGAGGUCACGUACUACCCAGGCCCCAAUAAUGGUGCUGUAUAUGGAAAGGCGCGGAUCAACAUCGAGCGUCGCGACUCAGCUGGCGGUUGGAUUGCUCGGCCGAUCGACCUGCUCUCCAUCCUGACCCGAGUCGACUUCCUUCCAGCCAAGGAAGAUAACAUUCUGUCGGCCAAGUCGCAGACGGAGAUGUAUGAUUCGUCCACCGUGCCUGGAUCAUCCUAUGCGCGAGGGUGGAGGGUGAAUAGAGCGGAAAGAUGGCAUACCGGCAGUCGGGAAGGGACAAACGCAACACUGACAGGCAGAACGGAUGGCAUCGCUUAUGCCGUGGUGAUAAACACGCGUACGGACGGACCGCAAUCGCUUGGCGAACUCAUGGAUUCAAUUGUUGCCGCUGUUGGCAACCGCUGGCCAGAUCAUGAUCUGUUUUGA